AGAAAGAUGCUGGAUCGUUGUAACCAAAUUGUUCUAUCGUUGCUCUUUGGAUGCCUGGCUUGUCUUUUGGUGACCUCUGUUGUAAAUGCAGACGGUCAAGUGUUCGUGUUGGACCUGAGGAACUCCUCCGCUCCGCGGGGCUUCAGAGAUGCUGAGCGGGCUUGUGCCUCACAACAUGCCCGCUUGGCAUCAGCAGAGGAGCUCCGUCAUGCUGUGGUGGAGUGCUUCUUCUCCUCAUGCACCCGUGGAUGGCUCUACGGAGGCACAGUGGGGACCACGGUGUGUAAAAUUGUGAGCAGUGCACUGAAAGCAGUGGAUGUGAGAACAGAAAACGCAACAGCGGAUACUGUACACCUGGACGCUUUCUGUAUCAAAGACAGAGGUGUGCCGUGUGGAGACCCUCCAUCCUUUCCCAAUGCCCGUCUGCAGGGUCACACUGGGUUUGAGAUGGGUGAUGAGCUGCUAUACACUUGUGUGCCAGGUUAUGUAAUGCCCAGUGGACACAGUGCCUUCAGCCUGCUCUGUGACAGCUGUGGAGAGUGGUAUGGACUGGUGCAGAUUUGUGUAAAAGAUGAGACUGAAAGUCAUGUUGACUAUGAGGACAAGUUCACAGAUUCUUAUGUAGGGGAAGAGCGCCAUAGCGAGAAACCAAAGGAGGCUCAUGAAGUGUACGAGGAGGUUCAUGAAGCUGCAUACCCAGAGGGGAAGAGGAGUCAGGAGCAGCAAGAAUCAAGCUUUGGUGUUGAAGUAGAGGAAGAGCAUCAAGACCAGCAUGGAGAUGUUGUAGAAGGAGUAGAAAAGGAUGAAGAAUGGGCUGUUGAAGACUUUAUAGGCCAUCCAAGGUGGGAGCAGGAGAGGAAAGAGGUGGUUAGGAUAGAUGCAGCUGCUACCACAGAAGCAUCUGUCUCUCUUCUCUCCCAGAAACACAUGUUCUGGUUCCCUUCUGAGGCCUUUCAGGAGGAGGGACAUCCUGUCUCCACCAAUCCAAUCACACAGACCACACAGAGAGCCUCAGGUGCCCAAUCAGAGGAGAGCAAAGAACAUGAGAGCCAAGAGAGUCACCAUGACCAGCAUCCUGUUGAUGUUGACGACCAUGAUCAUGAGCGAGAAAGCUAUGAUGAUCAUGAUACAGGUGACCACGAUGAUCAUGACGACAGCCACCAUGAUGACGAGGAUGACCAUAACGAUCAUGUUAAUCCUUACAUUCCACCUCAGCAUGAUGAUCUGGAUAGACGGGACCGCCACGAAAAACACGAUGACGAUCAUGAUGACCAUUAUGACAUGGGUGAACAUGAAGAUGAUAGGGUUCGCUACGGCAGCCAGGACUACGAUGAUCGAGAUGAUACUUACGAUGAACAUGAAAGCUAUGAGGAUCAUGAGGAUGUGACUGAUGAUCAUGGUGCUGUUGAUCGAGAGCAUCCCGAAGGCUCUAAGGAACAUCCAGACUCUGACGAACAUCAUGAUGGCAAGGAGCAUUAUGACCUGAAGGAGGAUGAAAACGACCAUUACACUGAUCACGAUGAGCAUCACCACGAUGACCUUGACAGCUACGAUGAUCAUGAUAGCCAUGAAAAUGACGAUGAUGUUCAUCAGCAUGUAAUCUUUUCUAUAGCAACAGAUGAGCGUCAGAACGUCACUCAGAAGGGAGGAGGAGGAAAGGCCACCACAGAUGAAACCUGGCUAGAUGGCUACCCCAUCGUUCCAGAGGAAACAGAAAAGGGUGACUCCAUAACAGAAAAGGUGAGACCAGAGGAUAGAGAGAGGGGGACACUUGCCAGGACAACAGACAGACCCAAUGAGGUGGAAAUUCGCAGACCUGCCCCUUACACCACCUUACCAGCGGAACAUGAGUCUCCCACCAGAGAGCCUAAACAAGGGGAAGUGGAGGAGAUGUGGCCUGGCUUCAUCCCCGCUGCUACGCUUUCCCCUGACCAUUUAGAGCCCUCAGACUCCCCCUCAUACUCCGACACCCUUGACUACGACACACAACAAGCAGCUCCCACCCACCCCUGGCAGGGUGACCUCACCGAGCACCCCUUCCUUGAUUACGGCCCAGCUCCUCCGGUGCAUGACAGCGACAUCCUCACGGGAGUGAUGGAGGAGCACACUGUGAACAACCUGCCUGGUGAGACUGGUGAGAGGGGGCAGGUGGAAGGGGGGAUGGGGGAGACGAUCUGUACAGGUGAUAACUGCCCCCCACGUCCUCCGAGCUCCUCCAGCCAAGGUCCCACAGUAGCUGCCGUAAUUGUGGCGGUGUGUGCGAUAGCAGUGGCAGUCGUUGUUGGGGUGUGGUGUUACCGACGGCAGCAGCAGAAGAGCUCAGUGUAUGAGAUGAAUGGGAAGGGCCAAAGUCAGACCAGACAGGGCCAACAGAUAGAGAUGCAGCAAAAAGUGUAAGAGCUAGAGAUGAGGAAAGAAGGACACUGACAGAGGGCAGAGACAUUUAGGAGGUAUGGGACGAUUCAGAUGAAUAUAAGAGGAAAGCACAACCCUUCAAUUUACUAGAAACUACUGCAUAAUUCAAGAUUUUGGAUAGGUAUGAACAGAUGAGCAAAACCUUACCUGUGUGAUGCACAAAAUUUAGUAGUUAGUAGUUAGUUUAGUAGUAACAGUAAGAGCUGACCCGACAAUACGGUAGUAGUUCUCUUCCUCUCCCAGUUACUGUAUCAAUUCUAAGGAAGUUCACCCAUCAUUGUCAUCAUACCUCUUCAUUAUUUUCAAAGCUCUAGCAUCUAGCUGGACAGUGGAGGGGAGCUGUACUGGUCUCAGCUCCAGGAACUGAAAAAAGAAGUUGUAAGGAAAUGAACAUGUAGGAAAACCACAAGAAGGCAUGCCUGCCUGACUGAAUAUAUGAACUGAGACUUCAACCUUCAAAGCUCUUGGACAUUGUGGUAAAGAUUCUCUGUGUUACCUUACUGUCAUUUUUGCUGUCUGUAUUGAG